AUGUUUCGUCGUGUGGCCCGCCACACUUCUUUUAUUGCUGGUAUUCAAUCUCGUCACACCACCAUUCUCUCUGUACGUAAGGGCGAUAAGGUGGUGUUGAUUGGCGAUCGCCAGGUGACCCUCGGUGAGCGCAUUGUGGCCAAGUCGAGUGCAUGCAAACUGCGUAAGAUAAACGAUGAUGUUGUGAUUGGUUUUGCCGGCAGCACCGCCGAUGCGAUUGCGCUGAUGGAGAAACUCGAAAACAAACUCGGGGAGUUUCCCAAUCAACUCACGCGAGCCGCCGUGGAGUUGGCGAAGGACUGGCGCACGGACCGCGCCCUCCGCCGCCUGGAGGCCUCUCUCAUUGUCUGCAGCGGCGAGGCCACGCUGGAGAUUGACGGGCAGGGCAACGUGAUCACCCCGGAGGAGGACGGCAUCGUCGCGAUUGGCUCCGGCGGCACGUUUGCGAAGGCCGCCGCCCGCGCCCUCAUUGACGUGGAGGGAUAUGACGCCGAGCGGAUUGCACGGAAGGCCAUGCGCAUCGCCACUGAGAUUGAUGUCUUCAGCAAUGAGCACUGGGAUGUGGAGAUCCUCACCUGCAAGCCAGCGAAACCAGCAGACACCACAACUACAACCACAACCACAACCACAACACCAAAGGUAGAAGGAGGAGCGGAAACCGCAAGCGAGGCGGCGAAGAGUGCGUAA